GUAGUGACGCGCAAUAUCAGUGAGAAAAACAAUAAUGGAGGCUUGCAAUGCUGUUGAACGCGAAGUUGAUAAAGUUUUAUUAAAAUUUGGAGCAAUAAACGAACAUGCAGGCACUGUGUUGCGUGACCUUAUCAAUCAUAUUGAGUCCUUAAAAAAGGAACUAGAAGAAGCACCAUCCGAUCAUGAACUAACACCAGGACAGGUUCAAGUUUUGAAACAAGCAAUGACUAAAGUCAGAGAUACGGUACAACGCUUGGCAACAGAUCACCGGGAUCUUCACAGUACUGUCUCCAAAGUUGGCAAGGCAAUAGACAGAAACUUUAUUGCAGACUUUGCUAGUACGAGUCGUGAGGAUGUAUUCUCCGGACCAGAAAAGACUCAUCUCCUCAAUGAAGUUAUUUGUCGGCACUUUUAUCGUCAGGGAAUGUUUGACAUUGCUGAUGAAUUAGCAGCGGAAGCUUCUAUAGAGAGCGAUGAAGGCUCAAAGGAGCCAUUUGCAGGAUUGAAUCAUAUAUUGGAUUGUCUUAAGCAAAGAAACCUAGAACCAGCUUUAGAAUGGGCCAGACAUUUCAGAGAACCUCUUUUAGCAAUGGAUUCCUCUCUGGAAUUCAAACUACACAGACUACACUUCAUAAGACUAGUGCAACAGGGCCCAAGUAAACAGGCAGAAGCUAUAAUGUAUGCUCGCAAGCAUCUCACAGAGUUUGUAAGUCGUCAUGAAAAGGAAGUUCAAUCCUUGAUGGGCACUUUACUGUAUCUGCCAAACGGAAUACAGUCUUCUCCGUACAGUCACCUUUUAGAUCCCACGUUAUGGCUUGACAUUCAUGACGUAUUCGCCAAAGAUGCCUGUAUGCUAUUUGGACUCAGUGUAGACAGUCCAUUAUCUGUAUGUAUAAAUGCUGGAUGCACAGCCUUGCCGGCAUUACUAAACAUAAAACAAGUAAUGCAACAGAGACAGGUUACUGGUAUUUGGAAUGGCAAGGACGAACUUCCGAUCGAAAUUGACUUAGGAAAACAGAGUCAGUAUCAUUCGGUAUUCGCCUGUCCGAUUCUUCGUCAGCAAAGCACUGAAAAUAAUCCGCCAAUGAAACUGGUCUGUGGUCACGUGAUAUCGCGGGACGCUCUCAAUAAACUCACAAGCGCGAACAAGAACCAAUUUAUUUCCAGGCUCAAGUGUCCGUACUGUCCCGUUGAACAGAAUCCGGAAGACGCUCGACUCAUCUACUUCUAGAUCAUCGAAGGCCACUUACCUGUGAUAUAUACUAUUUGUUACAAAUACACUGUUUGCGUAAGCGUAUAAUAACAAUAAUAGGUUCUUUUCAUCUGUCGAAUCUGCGUUCCAAAAUGCUACAACUACUCUUUCUAUUUCAUUGGUCAAAGCCGGUCAGCCAUUUUAUUUUCGAAUAGGUGGGGCGUAGAGAUAAACCAUUCGGAUUAUAAAGUAUGAGAGUUAUAAACUGGCAGUUAAUUGACUAACUGGUCCUGAAUCCAUUUUGACUUUUGAACAAAUAAUUUAUCAUGAUUUCUUUGUUCAAUAUUUUUGAGAUAGAUGGAGUCGCAUUGUGUGAUACAAGGUGAAGAUGUUUUUGUUCUGGUAACAUAGUUAAAGGUGCUUUGUACUCGGGUAGCACUAAAAACUAAUUUAUCCUUUGAAAUUAGGACUGGAUUAGAUUGAAUAAUUAUAGACUAAUUGUGACUUCUAGAUUAAGGAGCAAUCUUCGUAUACAUAAAAUCACGAUAUAUUUAUUAUUUAGUAGGAGCCUUGUUGGUUUCACGUUUGAAGGUAUUUCUUUUAUUAUUUCUUCUCUUGUACCUCCCAACUUUCUCUUCUUCUUUUCUACACUCUUCUCUAUCUCUUUCUAUCCUCUUCCUGAUCUUUUCGUGUGUACGAUUCUUUUGUAAGUAACAUGAACUAGAUAGUCAUUAGGCGAUAGACACAUUUGAACAUUAUUAAUUUUAUUAAUCUGUUUUAUAUACUGAUGAGGAUACGUGCUGAAAUAAAUGUUACUUAUGAAAAUGA